AUGGGAUUACUUGGCCCCAUCUCCCCCUUACAGGGAAAUCUUUCCUUCUUUAGAGUACUUGAUCUCUCUAACAACAGCCUGGAGGGCCAUAUUCCAUAUCAGAUCGGAAGGCUUUUUCGAUUGAGAAGGCUUCUUCUAUCUACCAAUCAAUUGGAGGGCCAUAUUCCAUAUCAGCUUGGAAGGCUUUUUCGCUUGAGAAUGCUUGAGUUGGCUUCUAACAAUUUAAGUGGAAGCAUUCCCUCUGAAUUUAGUCUUCUUUCAAAUCUAGAAAUCAUGGAUUUAGGAGCAAACAAACUGACAGGCAUUAUCCCACGUUUCAUAGGAAACAUGUCCUCUUUAAAUGUCAUUGAACUGUCCGAAAAUAGACUCCGAGGUAGUAUUCCAGCUGAGUUGGGUAGUCUUAGUCACCUAAACUGGUUCAGUCUUAAAACCAACAAGUUAACAGGAUCAAUCCCCGUUGCCCUUUCAAAUUGCACUCAUCUCCAAUUGUUAGUUCUAUAUGAGAACCACUUAAACGGCCCAAUUCCAUGGGAGUUUGGUAGGCUGUCAAAGUUGCAAGUAGUGUAUUUGUGGGCAAAUCAACUCACCGGAGAAAUACCCAGCUCACUGGGUAAUUGGACUCAGGUGCAACUGCUUGGUUUAGAGCGCAAAAAACUCAGCGGCACAGUGCCUCCGGAAUUCGGUAGAAUGCGGCAGCUGAGAAUAAUUAAUUUGUGGCAUGAUCAUUUUGUAAGCGGAAGCAGUGGUUUAUCUACUCUAACAGUAUUAAGUAAUUGCUCCAGCUUGGAAGAUCUUGAUCUGGGAUCUAACAUUCUCACUGGCGUCUUGACCACUUCAGUCGGCCGUCUUUCAAAUUCACUUUAUUUUCUAGGAUUGGACUCAAAUGAAAUUGAGGGAAACAUACCAGAUGAGAUUUGGAAAAUUCCAGACAGUUUUGGUCAAUUAAAAAGACUUGGAUUGCUGGAACUCAGCGAGAACAUGCUUUCAGGGAAGAUUCCAGUUAGUUUUUGCAACCUUCCACAAUUAAGAAGGCUUUAUCUUGACAACAAUCGGCUAUCAGGGGAAAUACCUGCCAGUUUAGGAAGAUGUCAGACAUUGGAAAAGGUAGACUUGGCGUACAACAAACUAACGGGAAAUAUGCCUCCCGAAGUUGCAGGUCUUCCGAAUCUUCAAUUCUAUUUCAACGUUUCUGGAAAUUCACUACAAGGUUCUAUUUUGGAAAUGAGCAAAAUGCUUAUGGUUUUAGCUAUAGAUAUAUCUCACAACAACUUUUCUGGUAGCAUUCCAAGUGCAAUGGCAAACUGCAAAGGUUUGGAAUAUCUAAAUCUUUCUUGGAACACAUUUGAGGGGACAAUCCCUGCAUCACUGGCAAAUCUCCAAAAUCUGAAGUACAUGGAUCUUUCUUGCAAUAAUUUGUCAGGAACAAUACCAUUGGCUAUCAAAAAGACGAAAAUGCUCCGGCAUCUCAAUCUCUCUUCAAACAAGCUAACUGGAGAGGUCCCAAAGGGAGGAGCUUUUUCAACACUUGAUGCCUCAGAAAUUAUGGGAAAUCUUGGCCUCUGUGGUGGAUGGGUAAACUUGCCGCCCUGCUCUCAUUUGAAAUGCAAACAACCAUCAGUGUCAAAAAAGGUAUUAAUUCCUAUUAUAGUCGACACUGCAAUUUUCAUCUUGUCUCUUCUGUUGGUAGCAUUUUCCUAUAGAUGCAGACGUUCCCUUACCCCUCCUCUCAAAGUGUGGCCUCUAAAAAUUACAUAUGAAGAACUUGUAGACGCAACUGAUGGGUUUAGUGAUGAAAAUCUCUUAGGAAUUGGCAGUUUUGGGUCCGUUUAUAAAGGGAUUCUUAUAUAUUGCUGUUAA